AUGCAUUACAUUCGUUUCCUCAAGACACCAAAGGUUCAUGUGGAUAAUGCUAAUAUCCAGCUCCGUGCCGUCGUCACCGUCACAACCGACCUCGGCGAGACAUUUUAUUCUGAUGACCUUGACCUCGUCGUGACUGUUGAGUCAGCAACUGCAGCAGACGCAGAGAUUUUCCUCAGACGAAAACUACAUUGGAAAGCAGGCUCCCGCUCCCUACCAAUUUCCUUCGAUCUAGCGCAUCAGGAUUUAGAAUGGCCCGCGUGUGUCCAUGUGGAGGCGCGCAACUCCAAAGCAAAUGGCUACCUGCCGCCCAUAUGCGAGAUCUGGAGCGGCUCAAUAAAUGCCAUCAAAGGCCAAUUCGAUAGCGGCCGGCGCGUCGAGCGCCGCUUCACAUCGUCUGCCGACCGCCGCCUCUCACUGCUCGAAGAUGCGGGAGACAGCAUUGCGCGGCAUCUCUGGGAUGGCAGUCAAGCCCUCGUGCAACACAUAGACGACACGAUCUCCCUCCAAAAUCCAAAUACCCACCCUCUCCUCGAAUACGUCCUCGUCUCCGCAACAUAUCGGCGCCUCAAUGUCCUAGAACUCGGCUGUGGCGCGGGCACCGUUGGCAUCAGUCUCGCGCAAUCCAUCCCAGACUGCGACGUACUCCUCACUGACCUCGAUGAAGCCGCGGAUCUAGUCGCCGCGAACAUCAAACGUAUGCGACCCGCCAUGUCCUCGCGCGCGCGCUUCGAACCUCUUGACUGGCUCUCCCCUCUCCCCGACGCCAUCGCCACUCGAAAUAACCAUCUCAUCGUCGUAAGCGAAUGCACUUACAACGCAGACACCCUAGAACCUCUCGUCGGGACUCUAUUAAAUCUGCUCGUCCGCAGUCCGAAAGCACUCAUAGUCGUCGCCACCAAGACCCGACACCCUGAUGAGGCGAGGUUUUUCUCUCUAAUGCGGGACACUGGUAUCAUCGCCGAAGGCUCAUUACGUCUCCCGCUCCCGGGCAUUCCCGGCAAUGGCUAUGCAGACACAGCCACGGACGUCGGAUUGCAUAUCUUCCGUGGCAAAGAUCAUCGCCUGGCGAUUACGCCGCGCUCAGCGAGCGAUGAGUCGGUGCCGCAAGUGGAGAACGGGCAUAGGAGCAAAUCGAGAUGA